AUGAAAACGAUCUGGCAGCGACCGAUGGGACCCGAGAUUGACAUCAUUCCUCUUGCAAAGCUGCAGACUUUGAAAGAGAAUACAGAAAGCUCAGAGCAUGCCCGGGUACGGCGGACCUGUGAAACUCAGACAUCGCCAGCUAUCCGCAGAGUGGUUGGGGGAUCUCGUCGUGUGAUUGCCCAAAAUAUUGGGCCCGAAGCGGGUGUUAUUAUGACAAGGACAGCUAGUCGGUCAUCGAAUGGCACCAUGAACGGCAUGCAGCAAUCUUUCGAUUGGAUGUCGCUUGAUGAUCAAAGCGAUAGCCUGUCGAUUGGAGAUCGAGGUGAUUAUCGUGACUACAGUCGGGAUUUUGGACGAUCACCGCGUCAGUUUCCUCCGUUUCCCACCAUGGGGACGACGUCUACGAUGUCGACAGCUCCUUCUGCAGAUUCUCUUCCACCACGAUCAUCACGGUAA